AUGCUGCACAAGAUUCCUGGGCUGAAAGCCCCCUGGCAAGGGACCAUCACCGCCUUUGCUCAAGGCUACCCUCUCCAUGAUGAGAGCCAUACGCCGAACAAUACAGCCUCGGCGACGAUGAAAAGAGGAAAUCUCCAGUCCCACUACCCUAACCUGCUUUCCGAUAACCGAGGAGCCGAGAUUGCGGGGUUGUUGGCCCAGCACGAGAAGCUCCACUUCGACCCCAACAUUGCGGGGAGAAGCUUGUUCUCGAUCGGCGAUGGCAGGGGGCAGACCCUGCAGGAAGGCAUUGUGUCUGCGGAUGGAGGUGGUACACCAGGUGCACCGCUGUUUGAGCUUGUUCAGCCUGCGAUUCAUGACCUUCCCACCCUCGAAUUCAGCAGUCCCAGUUGCCCGACCUACCUUCCCACAUCAAACAUGAGCACGCUACAGCCAGACUCUGAGACCUUCUCCGGGUCCAAAUACAGGUUCAUCCGAAACAAGCCCCCAAAGAAGCGUUCCUCACAAGCAUGCCUCGAGUGCCGUCGGCGCAAGGUUCGUUGCGAUAUCGUGGCUCAGAAGCCAGGCUCGUGCACGAACUGCCGACUCGACGGAGUGACGUGUGAGCUGGGACGAAGAAAGAGGCGGCCACCAAGACAUGAAACCAUCCAACCCUCGCCUCCAACGCCCGACUCGUCCAUCUCGUCCCAUCGACAUUUCGCGGCGAAUCCAGAGGUCGAUGCGCCGACUGCUCAGAAUGAUGACCGUGGUGCCUUUGAUAUCCUUUCCAGCCCGGCGUUCACAUUUCACGACGAUACCCCUCGGCAGCAGCACCUGAAUCCCGAGAUCACUGCUCCAGCACUCUCGGCGCUCGCCAAGCUAGCUACAGACAUCGACCUGCCGCCUUUCAUCAAACCGUUUCCCGAAACCCUCCAGGCUGAGGACUGGCAGUACCUUUGCGCGAAAAAAUGUUUCGACUUUCCUCACCCGGAUUUUGAAAGAAUCAUCUUUCAGCGCUUCGCCGAGUUCGUCCACCCACUUCUCCCCGUUGUUGAUAUUCCCGACGUCAUUUCCGCCAUCACCGGGGAAUCUCCGAACAAGAUAUCGCUUCUACUGUACCAUACACUGGUUGGAGCUGGCCUCGCUGCCGUGGAACUUGAUGAGAUCAAGAGGUAUGGAUACGAGAGUAAAGCGGCCGCGAGAAAUAGCUUCUAUUCCAAGGCAAAGGCACUCCUCGACAUGGAAGUGGAGCCUGACCGUAUGACAAUGUGUCAAGCGGCCCUGUUGUUCAUCAGCUGGUCGAGCAACAAUGAUCCGAAAGACGGGCUGCAUUGGACGGGGAUCGCUCUGACCCAGGCAUACUCGAUAGCUCUCCAGAAAACAGCCAACAACGCCGAUUCACCCUUGAAAAGACGUCUUUGGUGGACGUUGGUGAUGAAGGAAUCCGAUGUGUGUCUCUCCAUGGGCAAGCCACCGCGCAUAAUGGCCCUGGACCAACUCAUGCUGGAUCAUGCAGACUUCGGCAGCAGUGGGCGCGAAACAUCCUCCUGGCAGCAUAUGCUCGAAGCAGCCUGCAUUGAGAAGGCCAAACUCUGUCUUGUCAUUCACAGAAUCCUGCGCUUGUUGCAUACCGUCGAUCGACGGAGUGUUUCUCCGGGGGCUCAAGAUUCCCGAGUCUGGCAAAUGGAUUCGGAACUGCAAGACUGGAAGCAUCAAGCACCUUUCGAUCUGUGGCGGUUUUCGGACGACUUUGACUCGAAACGCGCCCUCUUGACCGUUUCCAUGGUCAAGUUGACUUUCCUCAUGGCGGCGAUAAUGCUGCAUAAGCCGGAAGUUCCCAUCAAGAAAUGGACCAAGUGCAUGGAAGAGACGCCUGACCUGUACCUGGACGAGGAGCUCUGCAGGUAUCAAGCUCACGCCAGGGCGAUGAGGAGAGCCGCAGAUGACAUGACUCGCAUCCACAAAGACUUGCACGAUGCCGGUCUGACGAGUGUGAUUCCCGCUCUUGGAGUUGCGACUAUUUGUGCGGCUGUCAGCGUCCAUUUACUGGAUGCCCGGUCGACCAGCGAGGCGAUACGGGCGAGGAGUCUGCAGCAACUAGAUGGUUGCUUGGUUGUCUUGCGGGAAGUCAGGAAUCUCCACUACACUGCCGGCGAAGUCGCUAAGAUCGUCGAAGGUGCCAUCAGAGCAGUGCGCGAGAAUAGGGCGCUGGAAAUCAUGAAGCCCUCCGGAACGGCUCAGACGAUAUGCAAUACGCUGCCCCAGGCGGAAGAUAUAUCAGACCAGAACGGACAGGACAAUUCAGCCGCGAAUAUCUGGAUCGAUCCGUCACUCGAUGUCGAGUACCUUUUCAACUUUGACCUGGAAAGGGACCUCUUUUUUGAAUAG